GCAGAGAGUCAGAGCCAUGACUGAGGAUUCAUCCAUCCUCAGCUGAGAGUCAUGCUCUGCCUGAGUCCCCUUGGAAUGAAAUGUAUGAAGGGAGAGUUCAAGAGUUCUCUCUGUGUUUUUUUUGGUCAUCAAAAUGCCCAAUUUUACCAAACCUUUGAUUUUAUUUCUGUGUUUACUCAUAACGGGGGAAUGCCGUCAUCGGGAGCGGAGAUGGACGGGAACAGUGGAGACCCAAAAGCAUGGCACCUCUUUCGCAAAGAAGCCUCCAGAUGUGACCAAGUCUCGUAAAAUGAAGACAGAGCAUCUCAUCAAAGUAGAUGAUCAUGACUUCACCAUGAGGCCAGCAUUUGGAGGUCCUGCUAUCCCUGUGGGGGUCGAUGUUCAGGUGGAGAGCUUGGACAGCAUCUCAGAAGUUGACAUGGACUUUACCAUGACACUGUACCUGAGACAUUACUGGAAAGACGAGCGUCUGUCAUUCACCAGCAGUACCAACAAGAGCAUGACAUUUGAUGGCCGUCUGGUGAAAAAGAUCUGGGUCCCUGAUGUAUUCUUUGUCCACUCUAAGAGGUCUUUCAUCCAUGACACAACCACAGACAACAUCAUGUUGCGUGUCUUUCCAGAUGGUCACGUGCUUUACAGUCUCAGAGUCACAGUGACUGCGGCUUGUAACAUGGACUUCAGCCGAUUUCCUCUGGAUUCUCAGACAUGUUCUCUGGAGUUGGAGAGCU